AUGAACUUGGUCACGUUGGUCAACACAAAACAGAAGCCGCAGCCCGUCAACGUUUUUGUUGGCUACGACUACGCGAACAAGUAUCCAUAUUUUGAAACAUUUGCCCUACGUUUGCGUCGUUUAAGAAUCUUAUACAACGCAUGCGCGCCCCACUACAGUGAACGCAAACGGGAUUUCUCUUUCAAUGGGUCGGUGUGGACAUUAUUGGCCCACUUUCUAGACUAUUUCACCAAGUGGAUUGAAGCUAUACGUCUCCUUACACAAGACGCGGCUUCCGUUACCAUCAUCAUCUUUAACGAAUGGAUCCGCCGAUUUGGGGCACCCCUUUCUCUCCAUUCAGAAUGUGGUGCUUACUUUGACAUUUUAGACGAGGGCGAGCCAAUGGAAGAGAAAACGGAACCUGUGGAGGUGACACCUACCGACGAGUCUCCAUGA